CUCCGGCGUCUCGUGCUGUCCAGCGCUGUUCCCACAGUAACUCUCCGGUGAGUGUGUCCGCUACCACCUGCAGUUCACCGUCUACAACAGCAUUCCCUUUGCAGUGUAAUGGCAGGUUGGGCAGCUGCUGCCUCCUUGCAGCCGACUAAACCUCUACAAGUCUUACUGUGAGAUCUGAGAUCACUGUCAAACAGCCGGGCACCCAUCAGAGAUAAUGGACCCAAACUGUGUGAGGAAGAAGACCUCCUGGACCAGUUGACCUCAGGCUCUAUUCACAACAACGUCAUCUCAUGGCUGGGAUUCAGCAGCUACCUGUUAUCUGUCUGAUAAAUGUUUGCUGAACUGUUCCCCUGAAGGAGCUCUGAAAAUACCAAAAAAAAAAAAGACCUUGGCUGUCGACCACGAGCAGUUUGUGUGUCUGUGGUUUGGUCUGUAAUUAUGGGGAAAGAACAGGAUCUGCUGGUGGCAGUGAAGAGUGGAGAUCUUCUGCUGGCCCACAAACUUCUCUCUAAAGUCAAGUGCAACAAAACCAAGUUGCUGGGCUCCACCAAGAGACUCAACAUCAACUACCAAGACUCAGACGGCUUCUCAGCGCUGCACCAUGCCGCUCUGACGGGCACCACAGAGCUCCUGUCUCUGCUGCUGGAGGCCCAGGCCACGGUGGAUAUCAAGGACAUCAACGGCAUGCGUCCCCUGCACUACGCAGCAUGGCAGGGUAAAGCUGACUCUGUUUUACUGUUGCUGAGAGCUGGAGCUUCAGUCAACUCCCCUUCCCAUGAUGGACAGAUACCGUUACAUCUCUCUGCUCAGUAUGGACACUAUGAGGUGUCUGAGAUGUUGCUGCAGCACCAGUCUAAUCCCUGUCUGAUGAACAAGGCGAAGAAGACUCCUCUAGAUCUGGCCUGUGAGUUCGGCAGACUGAAGGUGGCUCAGUUGCUGUUGAGCAGUAACAUGGUGGCAGUGCUGUUAGAAGGGGAAGGAGGGCAGGACAGCCUCGACUCGCCAUCUACCACCCCCCUCCACCUGGCAGCCAGGAAUGGACACAAAGACAUCAUCAAGUUGCUGCUCAAAGCCGGCAUUGACAUCAACAGAGCCACCAAAGCAGGGACGUCUCUGCACGAGGCUGCCCUCUAUGGCAAAACCGAAGUUGUGAGGCUGCUGCUUGAUGCGGGCAUCAAUGUGAACAUGCGCAACACGUACAACCAGACAGCUUUGGACAUCGUCAACCAGUUCACCACCUCCACAGCCAGCCGGGAAAUCAAACAGCUGCUGAGAGAGGCAUCAAGCUCUCUCCAGGUCAGAGCGGUGAAGGACUAUUGGAACCUCCACGACCCCACAGCUCUUAAUCUCCGGGCUGGAGAACUUAUUAUGGUCCUGGAGCAGCACUCAGACGGCCGCUGGAAAGGUCACAUCCAUGACACCCAGCGGGGGACGGACCGGGUGGGCUUCUUCCCCCCUUCAGUGGUGGAGGUCCUCAGCAGACGAGCAGGGGGCACCCUCUCCCGCCAAGCCUCAAUGCCUUGCAAACGACAGCACUUUGCAUCCAGAGCUCCUCCCUCAAGCCACGGCCUCGGCCCUCAGAAUGACGACUCAUAUACCCUUGGCUAUGAUCCCACAGGUGCUCCACCUGACAGUCAGCUCUCAGCCCCAGCUAAUCCUGCUAGCCCCACUCAGGACAUUUGGGUCCUCAGGAGCUCUCCCACUGGUGACAGGAACAGUGUUGGCAGUGCUGGCAGUGUGGGCAGCAGCCGCAGCGCUGGUAGCGGCCAGAGCUCAGAGAGUAGCCACAAACAGAAUGGGACUCGUCACAAUACUGAAACUGGCAAGCUGGGUCCCUCUGCUGGUGAAUCAGGAGACCAUCUCCACAUUGCAGUAGCAGACCACAGCAAACAGGCAGACGGAACCACAGGUGGUUCCCGUCGUCAGGUCAACGGCACUCCUCAGAAAGGCUUCAUGAGACCAGAACAUCUUAUGGAGGGCAAGGACUCUGAGGCCAUCUACCAGUGGUUGUGUGAGUUCCAGUUGGAGCAGUACACAUCCAACUUCAUCACCGCAGGGUAUGAUGUACCCACCAUCAGCAGGAUGACCCCUGAGGACCUGACAGCCAUCGGAGUGACCAAACCAGGCCACCGAAAGAAGAUCUCAAUGGAGAUUAGCAAGCUGAGCAUCCCAGAGUGGCUGCCUGACUACAUUCCUUCGGACCUGGGGGAGUGGUUGAGUGUGAUUGGACUGCCUCAAUACCAGAAGAGAUUGUGUGACAAUGGCUACGACUCCAUCACUAUUGUCAAAGACAUCACCUGGGAGGACCUGCAGGAGAUAGGCAUCACCAAACUGGGCCAUCAGAAGAAGCUAAUGUUAGCAGUGAAAAGACUCUGUGACCUGCAGCGCUCUCGUAACCAUGCCGACAGAGCUGGAGGUGGGACUCUCCGGCGGAAGCCCCCCGCCGCCCUGGAGCUUGUGGCUAUCGAACACACGCCAACACACAACGUGCAUGCUCACACUCGCUCUGACAUUCCUUCUGACGACUGCUGCCCCUCCCCACGCACCCCCAAGACCCUCCUCUCCUUCCAGGACAGCGAGUUGAGCGCUGAGCUGCAGAGCGCCAUGAUGGGCAGGGCAGGAGGAGCUGCCGAGGCGUUUGGCAUCAGGGGCGUAACACCUGUGACAGCCAUGUCAGUCAGUCAGGAGAGCAUUAGCAUGAGAUCGCGGGGAUCAGGGAACUCUGGGAAUUCUGGAAAUUCAAAUUCGGGAUAUUCUCAUGACCCCCAAGCCGCGCCAUCUUCGACCAGGACUUCCAGCCGGUCAGAGGAGAGUCUGGGGAGUGGUGUGGCUGAGGAGGCCAAGCGUGGAGGGAGCAGUCCUGGAGGCAGAGGUAGACAGAGACCCACAGACAUGUGGGAGCCGCAGAGUCGGUCUGCUACCCCCAACAAACUCCCCUUCUCCCCCCUAACACCUCCGCUAACCCCCAGCAAGAUGCCUCGCUUUGCUCACCCAGCUGUCCCACCCAAGGCCAAACACAUGCAGCAGUCCCCUAACCGCCUCUAUCAGCCUCAGCACCACCCGCCCUCCUCCCCUUCCUCUCCAUCCCCACAGCCUUCCCCCACACAGAAGGCCUUUAGUUACCUCAACGCCCAGGCAGGAGGGGUCAACGGGGCUCCAUGGGGGCUCUCCAAGCCUCUGCCUGGUGCGGUCCCUCUGCUGGGACCCCGGCCGGGACAGGGCCCAGCUGUUGAAGCCCAAAAGGGCCUGCACAAGAAGCGUGCCCAAAGCCUGACUCGCUACGCUCUGUCCGACGGUGAACCGGAUGAAGACGAUGACCUCACUCCCUCCUGCACCUCUUCUUCCUCCAUGGCCAUGCCCUCUUACGCCACCCUGUCGCGCAGGCCGGGACGCGGGCACACAAGCGCCACAGGGGCCCAACGCCACAUCAACCGCAGCCACUCGUUUGCUGUGCGGUCACGACGCAAGGGCCCGCCCCCACCACCUCCCAAAAGGAUGAGCUCGGUGAGUGGCAGCCCAGUACGCCAGCCGGGAAACGGAAAAGUGGUGGAGCCAGAGGUGAAGGGAGGGGUGGAGACAGAGAGCACAGGCAGUGUGAGGAGCAUCACAGCCAGACUAGAGGGAAGCAGCAGCAGCAGCAGUCCAUCCAGGAGGAUCGAUAUACCACCAACUCACAUCCAUGUUUCACCUGUUUUCAGCCCCGUUUCCUCCCCGAUUCCACAUGGGAUGAGUCCUCACAUCAUCGUACAGCAUUCCAAACCCGUCCCUGCUCUGGGCCUGGCGGGCUUGAGGAGGACAGGAAGCGAGAGGACAGAAGUGGACACUGACAGACAGAGAGGUGGAGGCGCAGAAGGAACUCUUGAGGAGAAAGCAAGGAAAAAUGAAAGAACAUCAGAGAGCGUUACUGCAUCUCCAAAGCACAGCGCCGACCACCUCCCUUUCGCUGAGGAGGGCAACCUCACUAUCAAACAGCGGCCCAGGAUAGCAGUUGUCCCCCGAACGGACACUGAAGACAAGGCUCCUCCAGAGGGUCCAGUCCAGACCCCGAACAGCCUGGAGCUCCCAGAGUUCAACCUGAAAGAGUCUGACACAGUGAAAAGACGGCACAAACCCAAAGAGUCGUCGACACCUGAGGAGGCUACCAACCCCAACAGAGACGACAGCCUCCACACACGUAAUGACAUCAGCACGGUGAGCGACGAUGAAUCUCAGCGACCGGGGAAUGUGUUCCAGAGAGUAGGCUCCAUGGGAAAAGGCCCGAAGCCUCUGGUGUCCUCGAAACCCUGCAGUCCUCUCAAACAACCCCCUCACAGCAAACCAACAACCCCCCAGAAAACAAUGUCUUCAGGUCAAGCCAGUGCACAAACAGCCAUUCCUAAACUAACCAGCGUACAGAUUCACACAGUCUCCCCAAAGCUUGGUGGCAGCAUACACACACAGACAUGUUUACCCAGCCCCCAACCUGUCAAACACCCACAGACGUCCAAGCCAGAGAGUCCACAGAAAACUGCUGGUUUGUCUGUACCAAGACUCCCUCAGCCCGGCAUGGCCUCGGCAUCAACAGCAGGAGCCAACCUCACUGCGGUCCAGAGUGUCGCAUUUGCUGCUCCAUCCUCUCCGGCUCUUUCCCCUUCACACCCCACCUCGGCACCACUGUGUCAGGCAGGGAAAGUGGGGACACCCCUGGUUGGCAUAGCCGGUCUGGAGGUGUUGGCUCAGAAGAGGCUGGAGCAAACCAGUACGUCACUGGAGGCUGCUCUCAAAGUGGUGGAGAACAAACUGGCGCAGGGCAGCAGCGUGGACGGUGGCAGCAGCACAGUGAAGGCAGCAGGAAACAUUCUGGAUGACAUCGGCAACAUGUUUGAUGACCUGGCUGACCAGCUGGACGCUAUGUUGGAGUGACAUCCUGAAACUCACAUGGACAGAGUUCCUCUCUUAAGACAGCGACAGACAAAAAAAAAUGGAGAGAAGCCAGCGAACAGGAGAGAUGAACCUUUGAUGUUGGUGAGAACAGAGACAGCGGAGGGCUCGGCACCUCCUCUGGACUCUGGAUGACUCAGUAAGUGCACAUUGGAGGAUUUCCUGCACAACUUUUCCUCAAUAUUGCCCAGUUUAUCAACGCGAGCACUUCGCCUUAGGACACACACCUGGGAAUGUUAUUGGAGCAACAAACAGCAGCUGCCAGAUGUCUCUGUGUGUGUUCAGCAUAUUAUCACUAAAGGGAAUGAGGGUCCAUUUUGUUCAUGUUACCUGUAAAUGUAUAGACAAGUCUAUGGUGGCACUGUGUAUGUGUGUAGUCAGAUAUCUUUAUACUGAGUAUAUUUAUACUUCUAUAUGUUUGUUUUUUAACAAAUGGAGUUCUUAUUGACUGGUUGAAUCAUUCUAGUGUAUAUUAGCAUUACUGUGUUAUAUAUUUUGCUGCUUAUUGUCUAAAACGUGGGGAAAAUAUUGUUUAUUGUAUUAAAAGCAGCAUAUUCCAUAUGUACUGUAUGUACUAGAUCUGAUUUUACAUGUUUUUACCAAAGUCUUUUAUCCUCUUCAGGAGGCACAUUAAGGGGUAACAUCCUUUCUUUAAAGCAUUAUUGAGCUCAGACCACCUCCCACUCACAGUUUGGAAGGUUUUACAGCUCGCCUCAGGGUGCUAUGAAGUGAAUUUACUGUAAGGGUUUUUUUUCCAAAGAAUGGGAGAUGCUUUUGAACAUUUCAACCGUGGUCUAUUACAAAGCAUUUCAAGUAAGGUCCUUCUGAAAGAUCCUAGUUCAUUAUUUCAAAGUGACUGAACACUGUAAGAGAGUAGACUGUAUAGAGGAGUCUCUGACAGUGAAGAGUCUGGAGUCUGCCACUGGAACAAUUAAAGAUGUUUAGAUGUUUAAUUAGAAUCAAUUAAUAGAACAUUUUGAAAAUGCUUUUGUAAAUCUAUGAAUUACAAUAACAUUUAAACAACACAUUCUAAAAGUAAAAGUAAAACCCAGCAUGUGCCUCCUCUCUGAAACAUCGAGGUCUGUGGCUGCACUAAUUGCGUGCUGCUCCUUGAUGAUUGGCUCAUGGGUUCCCAAGCUCGGUUCGCAGUGUGUGCAGUGUGUGCAGUGUGUAUGCUGGAGCCCUCAGUUUUAACAUUUCCAUUGUGUGAUUGCUUGCAUUUAAAGACAUGUGAGCAGUGUGUCCCCUAAAAGGAGCUGUGAUUGGCUACACUUCUGCCAACAUAUACCAGCUGGCCAGUCAGAGAUCCAGCUGUUGGUUGGACUCGCUGCUUACAUGUCUUUAAUUAAAAGAGUCAUCUUUAAACUGAUGCAAUCAUUCAAUUAAAAUUGUAACUGUUGUAUUUACUUAAUAUUAUUGGUCAUUAAGAGACAGAAUUAGAGAAAAUAGAAUUAUUAAUUGUCUUUUUAUUUUAUAAGUUUUACAAAGCAUCAGUUAAAUUAUUCCGGCGCACUCCAGACUCCGUAGAGCAACAGGGACCUCCAGCUAAUUUUGGGGUUAACUGUGGCUUUGUCCCUUUUUUUACAUAAUUGAAUAAUAACUUUUUACUGUUGGAAUGAAUGAAUGAAUUUGAAUGAAUUUGCCAACAGUUUCAUUCCGUCUCUGAAUAUGUGAUCGGCAAACCCAGCGUCUUCCACGUGCACAAGUUGGAUCGAUAAACCGAGUUAACAGGAGAGUUAUUCAGGAUCAUCAGUGUUACAGCCGGUUUCUGUUUCAAAGGGACUGUAAGUUGAGUUUACAGUUAAGGAACUGUUGUUUUCUUAUUGUCCCUCAACUUGUCCCCAAAACUCUGAAUUUGUUACAUUUUACUUCUUCACUUUCAUUUCUAUCCUUUUUUUUUUUUUAAGUUAUUUUUUUGGCCUUUUAUUGCCUUUAUUUGAUAGAUACAGCUGAAGAUAGACAGGAAAGGGGAGUAGAGAGAAGGGAUGACACGCAGCAAAGGGCCGCAGGCUGGACCCGAACCCGGGCCGCUGCAGCAAGGACUCAGCCCCGGCACAUGGGUCCCCAGCUCCACCCACCGAGCCAACCGGGCGCCCUUUCAUUUCUAUCCUUCUUUACACACCUUAUAGAGUAUUCACUGCACAAAAAGAUGCUUUUAUUUUUACUGUCAUUAACCCAUGCCAAGCACUAACUGUGUGGUUGAAUGUUUGUGAGCCAUCUUCUUGUUUUUGAGGCCAGUAAAGAAAAGCCAUCUUUCAACCAACAUCUGUCCUCACAAAUGCACUCGGAUUUUUUUUAAACAGCACUCAAAGUUCUUCCCAAAGUUUUGCAGGGAGGAGAUUAUGGUUCACUGUUACAAAAUCAGGGUGUUGGCAUGUUUUUUAGAUUUAGAUGUGUACACCAUUUUGACAU